CAGAGCAAGUGGCAGACACCAUGAAGGUUCCCUCAGCCCAUGAACACAGGAGGCUUGUCCCCUGGCAGGGGCUCCUGCUGGGAAGAAUACAUGAAACAGGGCCUCCCUGGUAUCAUAAGGGGUUAAGCACCGCACCACGAAGCAAUCCGCACCUUCUGCAGCACGAGUUCGAUCCCUGGCUGCCAGGGAGCAACCCACAUGUCCCACUAUUGGCAUUCUGGAUCCUGCCCAUUUCUGCUCAGCUGCGUAUUGAAAUGGUGCCAAUCCUAAAUACUGUUGACAAAACCUUUGAUGUUCUUAUGCGUGCCCUUAAUGUGCCAGAGAAUCCUCUUAGCUAUAGCUGGUACAAAGGUAAAACCACAACUCGUGAUAAUUUACUCACAGUGAUUUAUGUAAAUAUACAUAUGGUAACAAAUGGGCCUAAGCACACUGGUCGGGAGAUAGGGUACUUCAAUGGCACCCUGCUGUUCCAGAACAUCACCAAAGAAGACUCAGUAUUCUAUACCCUUCACAUCCUAAGGAGAAAUAAUCAAGUUCAACAAGCAUCUGCACUUCUCAACAUCUACAAACCAACUAAUGACUCUGCUCGAGGAGGGAUGAAAAUUAAAGCCAAACAAAAGGACACUGUGUACCUUAUGUGCCUACCAAAUGAUGGUGGGAACUCCUUCCACUGGUUCUUCAAGCAACAGAGUCCACUUCUCAGAAAUUGGAGAAAACUGCCCACAGACACCAUAACCCUCACAAUAGAACAGGUCAGGAGGGAGGAUGCAGGGUUCUAUCGCUGUAAGUACACCAGUGAAGAUGGUAGCAGUAAAAAUAACAUCUUUAUCCUUGAAGUGGUAUGAGUGACCCUUCAUCCCUCCUAUGACACAUUAAAUUCUAAUCAAAAAUUUCUUAUCUGAAAUGCAAUGGUUGUGAGGCACUUAUUUUCUUGAGCUCUUGUGAAUACUUGAUGGUCAUGGACUAUCAUGAGAAGUCAUGUAUUGAGAGAAUAAAUGCACAAAAAUGUGAUGUGGCAAU